AGAGCUACUUUCAUAACAUAGCGUCACUGAUCGGCAUGCGCGGAGCUAACAACAUUUAGUUAUGCUGAAACUAUUAAUGUAAUUAACAAGAUAAUCGAUACUUUUCAGAAAAUAUCGAUACCUAAAUAGCAGCUUUUGAGUAUCGAUGUAUCGAUACUGCAGCAUCGACGUGCACAUCCCUACCUGCUGGUCACGAGCGAAAGUACAUCAACACGAGGACUUGAAUUACUUCCGAGGACACAGAGCUGCCAAACCCAUGUUACAGGUCAAAUAACAUGUACAGCUUUCUGUAGAUCAGAUGAUAAUAAUAAUCGAGAAUGUGUUUCAUUUUAAUCGCGUUCACAUGUUGAAUUAUUCAAACUAAACAAUUACACACUCGCGAGGAGGAACAGCCGCAGCAGAGAGCCGAUGAGACCGGAGCUUUAGGUCAGUGAUGAUCAUGGCUGAAGAUCCCCAGAGAAACUUCCGCUCCGCGUAUUAUGAGAAAGUGGGAUUCAGAGGUGUGGAGGAGAAAAGAUCUCUGGAGAUUCUGCUGAAGGACAAUCCACUGGACGUGGAGAAGUUAAGCACAUUCAGUCAGAGGUUUCCACUGCCCUCUAUGUACAGGAUACAUGUGUGGAAAGUCUUAUUGGGUAUAAUACCUCCUCACACUGAUUCUCACGCUCUGGUUUCUCGAUAUCGCGCCGAGCAGUUUGAAGACGUCAGCGCGGCUUUGACGGCCAUGAGGUUCGUGAACGCGGCCACGCCCCCUACAGAACUUUACCUCCGGAUGUAUCAGCUGGAGAUCCAACAGCUUCCCCGAAGAUCUGAGCUGAGAUCACCUGUCGGAGGCGAUGAACAUUUCCUGGCUGUUGCCCGGGCGAUGGAGGAGAUCAUUGAUGACCCUGUGGACUGCUAUUGGCUGAUCAAAUGUUUUGUCAAUCAGUUUAAUCACAAGUUUGGAGACUCUAUACCUCACCUGCCUAAGAGUUUGGAGCACUUCUUGUCUCAGGAGGACAGCGGUCUGUUGGCUCAUCUGAAGGCGUCUGGCAGUCUGGCUUCACUGCCGUACUGUCUGUGGUUCAGACGCUGUUUCGCAGGCUGUUUACCAGAGUCCAGUCUACAGAGGGUGUGGGAUAAAGUGAUCAGUGGCUCCUGUAAGAUUUUGGUGUUUGUUGCCGUGGAGAUUCUGCUCAGUUAUAAGAUCAUGCUGAUGGGAAUGAAUCACCCUGACGGAGUCUUCAACUUCCUGUCUAAUAUGCCACAGGAAAAUACAGACGCUAUCGUGACCAAAGCCAUCGACCUCUGGCACAAACACUGCGGGACACCCAUGCAUUCUGUUUAACAAUACCCAUGACUGUCAUCCAGAAACUUCAAGUCUCCAGAUCUCUCGGAACGCCCUGAAGAACAGCUCACAGAGACUCACAGCGGUGUAUGUGUGUGUGUGUGUGUGUGGUUGGUUUAUUUAUAAGUUCCUUUACAUCAGGAUGUGCAUACAUCAUUCAGGAGUGACAGUACAUUACGUAACAUGCACGCUCUGCUCUCUUCCCCCAUAAUGUGAGCUGAUAGCAGCAACGUCAAACAAAACAAACACAUCGAUCAGUCAAAACACGUGCACGUCUGCUGUUAUUUCAGACGUGCGUGUCACAUGUGGAACACAAAGACACAUUUGAUUUGAAAGGUUCUGUCGGAGAAGAGCUGAUGGGUGAGUGCGAGAGAAUGCUGACAAUUUCACGUUGGGAGGAAUUAUUACUGUUAUGCGCUGCUUGUACCUCCAGUAUCAAAGUCUGUUAAAUAUAAACAUAAAAAAUGUGGAGAUCACUGACAAUAAAAUAAAAUACAAAAACAUAACAGAU